CGGGAAAGAGAAGAUGAAGAAGAAGAUAACCCGGCGGUAGCGCCAUAAUAAACAUGUCGUGUUAGUGAGUCCAGCCAGAGAAUGAUAUAAUGCUGGCUAUAUAAAACAAUAAACAUGUUUCUUACAUCGUUUGUACAUCAUCUGUUCUCUAGCUAAUACACCUCACCAGAUAUGCGUUCAUCGCGGCCAGAGAGCCAGGGCCAGGUGGGAGAUCUGAGGAGCAAGACCAGAGAGGAACUCCAGGAACUCCUGGUGCGACAGGAGCACAUCCUAUCAAACAGGCGCUUCCUCCGCAGUCUCCCAGACGGCGGGAGGAAGAUCUCCGACUUUGCUGAGAGAGUUCGCCUCGCCGUUGUUGAGCGCGACGAAGACAAACAAAGACCACGCCUGCUGUUUUCUGUGGGGACAGAAUUACAGUCCAAGUACCAGCAGGCUUUCUCUCAGCGACAGCAUGGGGUCGCCUGCAGCGCCGGGACGUCCUCUAACAGCAGGCCGGGGGAGGUUGCUUCUGCGGGACAGAUGGACGUGUCUCACUCCGAUCACUCCAGAGUGACCGUUGGAGCUGGGCAGACGCCCGCGGCCAGGCUGGCCUCCGGCGCCACCGGAGAGAGAGACCUCAUACAGGCCCUGGAGAAGGUCUCGCUGUCGGACGCAUCCAGCACCAGGGCGCCCCCGGAGGCCUCGAGGAGCGACGCGGAGAGGGGCGACGUGUUCCUCAGAACGCCGCCGCACACCAAACCGAACUACCUGGAGGUGCUGGAGAGGACAGAGAGGGCGUCGGGCGACCGCAAGCAGAGAUUCAAACCAAAUCACCUUAGCCCCAGCGCAGAGCAUCACUCCUCCUCAGAGUCACUGUCGGGUGAUCAACCUCUGAGACGGGCGCCGCCCCUCUCUGCAGAAGCACGGAAGGAGAGGGACAGGAAGCACCUCGAUGACAUCACCGCUGCCAGGCAGCCGCCCCUCCACCACAGCCCCGCCCUGCUGCUCUCCCUGGAGGAGUCGGCCUCGCUGCUGGAGGACCAGGCCCGCAAACACCAGGAGCUCCAGUCCAGAAUAGCGAGCCAGAAGCUGAGUGAAGCGCUGAAGGUCUCCAUGGGGAGCUUCGUUCCUGAGACCGGGCCCCAGGCCGCCUACAGAGACGCCCCCCUUGAUGAAGACCAGCCGUCCUCAGAAGAGGACUAGCCCAGAGGUCCCCCCUGAUGAGGACCAGCCGUCCUCAGAAGAGGACCAGUCACUGUGGUGGGGUUCGGGGUAAACCAGGCCUAGAGCUCUGUGUCUGUGUCUCAUGUUUCCGGGCCGGAUCCCUGGUUCUGGUUAGUCCUUCUGGAGAGGAGGUUUCAUCCCGGGCUGCGGGAGAUCGAUUGUGAAGUCAGGUGUUGAAUCAGAAGCAGCUCGAUAACUUGGUCACACCCGGCUCAGUUUCAGCUCAUUUGAAAUUAUAAUAAUUCAAAGUCAAAAUGUUUAGUAGUGUUUCACAUUCACCAUGACAUAUGGCAUAUGAAAUAUGACAUACACUUUUUAUUUAUUUGUCAAAAAAAUCAUAUCGGUAAAUUUUAUCUGUUCUCAUGAUUGCAAUCGUAUCGUUAUUGUGAUUUAAAAUUGCAAACUAUAAAAUCAACAAUUUGAUACCAUACUUACAUGCCCAAAAGCAGACUUUUAUUUGGUGUUUUGUUUCAACACAUUAAGAACCGUGCCAGAUGUGUUCAGAUAGGACAAGUCCUGUGAGACGAUGGAGCGCUCAAUAAAAUAAUCUACUUUUGUAAACAUUC